UGUUUUAAUCUGGUCCUGUCAUUGGAGUCCCUUAGGCCUAUACUUUUCUACAAAUCAACAGAAUGAAAACGCCUUUCUCUGAGUCAGUGAAGACCAAUAUCUGAUGCUAGUUGGUUUUGCCUUGCCUGAUUUCUAUAGGGUAUAAAGGUGAUGUCAUAUGUUUUGUUACAACCUUGUGAUGGUUCCAAGUAAGGAUUCCUCGCACCAGGCAUACAUUGGUGGGUAACAGCCAGGAACUUGCUUUUUUAGCAACCAACGCAAUCAAAGACAUUAAGUCCAUCUGUAAUUUGUUCAGAAUCUGUUGUCAUUUGGUCAUGACAAGCUGUGACAUCACACUCCUGUAGUCAGAGUAGUCAAUAAAUUAUUUUUGGAUUUUAAUUGCUUAGAAAUCAGAGGUAUGAUGUUUCCUUGAGGGACUCACCAUUGCCUUAUCAUAAAGAACAACUAGACUGACUUUUGGACCCAACAGAAACAAGACCAUCGCUCUCUGUAUAUACACACACAGUAUUAUCUCAUCCCUUCAGGAAUGUAUUGUAAACAUUUGUAAAGCCUUGGAAGAAUGGACAUUCUGAUGAAAAACAACAGGAUUAAAGUUUCUUGAUUUCCAUCGUGAGGAUUAUAUGACAUGCACAGUCAUUCGGAUGGAACAUGCUGGUUACUGAACAUCCAAAAUAGAUAGUGUGUCUUGUGUGACUUUAUGAAACAGUUGAGACUCUGGACACGUCAAAACUGCACUCUUUAGCCCUCUCAAGCUCGGAAAUUAAUUGGAAUAUAUCAAUCAGGAGCUUCUUGCGUGGAUUCUGGAAAAACCGAGAGAAACUUGUUGAGUUUAGAGACCCUCUCGUUCAAGUCUGUCCUCCAUGCCAACUGUCAGACAAGGAAUGGAUAUCGAGUGGGAAUGGGAGAUUGUUGAUACGGAUGAGAUCGGCAAAUGGGAUCUCCAAGCCGAGAUCGAAGCCCACCAUAGCAUCCUAUCGUCCCUGAAUCAGAGCGGAGUGAAAGCCGUCCAGGAUGCAGACAGCUCGGAGGAAUCCCAGACGAUUCAGAAGAGACUAGACGGUGUCAAUCACAGAUGGACCAAGAUACAGGAUAGAUCCGCUGAAAUUAGGAAACGUCUUGAAGCAAACGCCGAGGAGUGGAACAGCCUCGUGAGGGCGACAGACGAUCUGAUCAGGUGGAUAAGACUGAAAGACGACGAUCUAGUCAAGCGGCAGCCGGUGGGAGGAGAUUAUAAUUCCAUUCAGCAACAGAUCUCUGAUCACAAGGCGUAUAGGCAGCAGCUUGAGGAGAAGCAAUCAUCCGUUGAACGGAACUUACAAAUGGGUAGCCUUUAUCUUGCCGAACAGAGAGAUUUGGAUUUGCUGACAGAGAAUGCCGUAAGUGGUCCAGAGGCCGAGGCUCAUAACAUCGUUCAUAAACUGAAAGACAGCGUGACCGAUCUUCAAGACAGCUGGAACAAACUCAAUAUCAAGUCGGAAAAUUGGCAACAUAAACUAGACGAGAUGUCGACAAAAAUGUUAGCCCUGCAUCAAGCCAUGGACAAGCUUAGUGGUCGUCUUCAUGAGGCUGAAGCUACGAGAUCAAGAUGGCUACCAGUGGGUGACCUUAUCAUCGAUAGCCUACCGCAGCAUCUAGCUGAACUUAAGAGCUUCCAGGAUUACUACAGUCCAAUCCACGAUGACUUGGAGAAGGUGACCCAGAUGGCUGGCCACUUUCCUGCACAGCAGGUCAGUCUCAGUACCGUUAACCAGGGAAGGCUUGAGGACAUUGUUCGAAGAUGGAAAACCUUGCAGCUGGCCAUCGACGAGAGGGCGAGGCUACUCAACGAGGCUCUUAGAGACUUUGGGCCGCAAUCGCAACACUUCCUUAGAGCUUCUGUGCAACAUCCAUGGGAAAGGGCAGUAGCAGCAAAUAAGGUGCCAUAUUUUAUCAACCAUGCUACAGAGACUACCCACUGGGAUCACCCUCGUAUGACGGAACUCUUUCACUCGCUGUCAGACCUCAAUGCUGUCAAGUUCUCAGCGUACAGGACAGGCAUGAAGCUAAGAAGGUUACAAAAAUCAUUAUGCUUAUACCUCCUAAAUCUGGCGAGUGCCGACUCAAUCUUCACCCAACACGAGCUGGUAUCCGGCAACGACCGAACCCUCGAUGUAACAGAGAUCAUCACCUGCCUAGCGACGGUUUACGAGAACCUAGCAAUGGAUCACCCAGGGAUGGUUAACGUACCUCAAUGUGUUGAUAUGUGCCUCAAUUGGUUACUCAAUGUCUAUGACACGGUAAGGAGUGGGAGGAUACGAGUAUUAGCCUUCAAGGUCGGUGUCGUCAUGCUCUGCAACGCUCACCUCGAGGACAAGUACCGUUUCAUCUGCCGUUUCGUGGCGGAUAAGAACGGCAUGAUAGAUCAGAGAGGGCUUGGUCUCCUCUUGCACGACUGCGUCCAGAUCCCAAGGCAGCUAGGGGAGGUCGCGUCGUUUGGUGGAAGCAAUAUUGAACCCAGCGUCAGGAGCUGCUUCAACAUGACCGGAAGCAAACCUCUGAUCGAACCAGCCCAGUUCCUGGCCUGGAUGAAGUUGGAACCCCAGUCGAUGGUCUGGAUGCCGGUCUUGCAUCGGGUGGCGGCGUCGGAGACGGCCAAGCACCAAGCCAAGUGUAACAUAUGCAAAGAGUGUCCCAUCGUGGGCCUCAGGUAUCGCUGCCUCAAAUGCUUCAACUUUGACCUUUGUCAGAGCUGUUUUUUCUCUGGUAGGAAAGCAAAGACACAUAAACUCUCACAUCCCAUGCAGGAAUACUGUACAACAACGACCUCGGGUGAAGAUGUGAGAGACUUUGCCAAAGUGGUUCGGAACAAGUUCAAAUCGAAGCGGUACUACCGAAAACACCCCCGUGUGGGUUAUCUCCCUGUCCAGUCAGUUCUAGAAGGCGAUGACUUAGAAUCUCCCAUCACAACUCCCCAACACAUGGCCAAUCAGGAUACACAUACAAGGCUGGAGCUCUAUGCUAACAGGUUAGCAGAGGUCGAAAGCCAAGGAACGUUAAACUCUGUACCUACCGACCUCGAGGAUGAGCAUCAGUUGAUAGCCCACUACUGUCAUAGCCUUGGUGGCGAUGUUUCUACAGUGCCUAAUAGUCCAGCCCAGAUUGUGGUAUCCAUCGAUGCUGAACAUAGACCCGACUUAGAGUCCCAAAUUAAUGAACUGGAAGAUGAAAACAGAACGUUAUUAUCAGAGCUUGAAACGCUGAAAGCUCUAAGAACGGAAGACGUGAAGAGGGCGGCAGAGCUAGCGGCGUCGUCGGGCGACGAGAGGUCAUCCGGGAGGUCACCGGGCAGGGAUGCGGAGCUCGUCGCCGAAGCCAAGUUGCUACGGCAACACAAGGGGAGGCUAGAAGCAAGGAUGCAAAUAUUGGAAGAUCAUAACCGUCAGCUCGAAGCUCAGCUACAAAGGCUGAGACAGUUAUUAGAACAGCCGCAAGACAAAAGCGCAUCCCAAGUGUCCUCGUCGAAGACCACACCCGCAGUCUCGCCAACCUCUUCCAUAAGCUCCGCCUCUAAACCAAUCAGAAUACACCAUCCUGUUGCCGUAGAAGCCAGAACGAAUGGCGGUACAAGUGACUAUGAUAGUGAUAUGGCAGUCGAGGAGCAGAACAGUCACCCGUCUCCUCACACCCCACCCCACCUGAAAGAUGACCCCACCCCUAGGGAGCACCAACCCAACGGUAGGGACCACCACCACCAUCAUCAUCACCUCCACCAGGGCGGGGCAGCUAACGGGGUCCCAGCCAAGGGAAAGGUUGACCUUGACAAAGUCAUUCAAGAACUCAAUAACUUUCCUGACGGGACCAAGAAUGGAAGUGCUGGCCAAAACAGUGUAGGUAGUCUUCUCCACAUGGCGGAUAACAUCGGCAAGGCGGUCGGGACCCUCGUCACCGUCAUGACGGACGAGGAACAGAGCGAUAAGGAAAGCGAGGCAUAGCCAAUCACACGCUUCUCUCCGUUCAAAUCAUUACAAAUUCAACCAAUGAGGGGUCUUCCAUGAUGAACAUAAUUUGCAUAAUCCAUUCUAUAUAUAUAUAUAUAGAGAGAGAGAGACAGUGCAGUGUGCAUUGCCAGUGAGAGGGAGCGGAGGGGGGGGGGAAUGUUGCUCCCCUCUCUCCAUCCUAUGAAUUCCUCACGUUUAUGAGGACGUGUCCAAACCUUUUUUCUGGUAUGUGAUUGUAUCAUAUGACUUGACUUCAGUUGAUAUCUGUUAGAUCAAUUUCCCUGAUUCAUGAUAAUAUGAAUGUGACGUGAUUUUUAUCAAAGGAAAAAGUCUCAUUUCCAGGGGAUGUUAGCUAUUUAUGGCGGCAAGUAACAAAACAGAUUUUUUAGACACGAUAUACAAAGGAUUUUAUCAAUAAUCGCCAUUUUCGAGAAAUAACUUUCCCCGGCUUAUUGUUUGAUCUAUGCAUGCUGCAGUUUUAUGUCGUCUUUUCCCAUCAUGCAAUUGUGUUUAUGUUCAAGAUAAUCUUUUCGGUUUUGUCGAGUCUUUUUGUUUAUUUUGGAGUUAGUUUCUUGUAGAUGGUUUAUUAGGACCAAAGACAAAUUAUACAUUGCAGGGAAUGAGGGACUCAAUUUGACAUGAGUUUUGUGUAGAUGUUAAACUGGUGCUAUUAUCAAGGAAUUUAUGUGCAUAUAUAGAGACAAGCUGAGUUGUGUCGCUACACCGCAUGCUUAAAUAAUCUUCCCGGUCCGGGAACACAAAGGUUAGCAAUUGAUCGUAAAGAUAUUCUUCUAUAAUGAUUGCUAUGCUUUGUGUUACGGGCCCUUGGUGAUACAGAAGCUGCUGUAAUGAAAGAUUAUUAUUAAAGAAAUAUAAACCCUUUGUUCCUAUCAGUUAUUAUGAAUAUGUAAAGUGGACUUUGACAUCGUGAGUAUAACGAUUUGCCUUGGCCUGGCUGCUGUCCAUUGCACAAGCAAUCUGUGCUUUUCAUAAAACGUGCCAUCAACGUUCAUUAUUGUGAGUGGCUAGUGGGUCGACCACUUUUUUUCUAAAGACAUCCGAAAUCGCACGGGCUGCGAGUGAAAAUUUUAAAGAUAAAGAAAUAUUUGAUUGAUCAGUGGAUCCAAAGCAAAAUUCUGAUUUCUUGGAUAAAUUAGUAUAAUCAUAGAAAUAAAAUAAAAAAUUGCAAUGCAGUUUCGUACACUAUGCCUUGUAGGGUUAAAAUUAGACAUGAAUAUUAUGCACGGGGCUGCAUUUAAAAAAAUGACUCCAGGUAGUUCAUGGAUCAAAUGAAUAAUGAUUAACCUGAAGAACUUAGGCCUACAUAUAAUAUAGGAUUCAUAUAGCGCACGUAUCCACUUUGUUAGGCGCUCAAGGCACUCCUAUAUUACCCUGGCUCUGCUACAUGUAGUCUACCUAUUCAGGUGUGCACAGCUUUUUGAGGAAUUACUUCCUGCCGUACCCAAUUUACCUCACCUGGGUUGAGUGCAGCUCAAUGUGGGUAAAUUUCUUGCUGAAGGAAAACACGCCAUGGCUGCGAAUCAAACCCACGUCCCUCAGAUUGAAAGACGAGAGUCUUAACCACUAGACCACGACACUCCCACUCAUAUUGUUAAUUAGGGCUGAUUAUUUUAUGUAUGAAAUAUACAAUGCAUUCUACCCACUUCGUAUCAAAAGUUGUGUAAAUUUCGAUGACGUAAAGUACUACUGGAAUGUUUCUGGAUUCCACACAUUGUUGUAUGAUUGCAUUAUGCUUCCUCCUUUAUUUUAUUUCAUGAUUAUGUUUCAUUAUGUUCAUGUCUUCAAUGUAGUUUAUACAUCAUCAUAUUAUUAUUAUAUUCUUGAUCCAUCGAUAUCUUCCUUCUGCCUAAAGCUUGUAUUAUAGUUCUUUUUUUUACAUAUAUCUAGUUGGUUGUGUCAUAGUGAAUUCAUGCUAAAAUCAUCUUCUCAAAAUUGAAUGAAAUCAUUUUUUUUCAGAUGUUUGAAUCAUAUUAUUAGAUUUUAUUUUGCUUCAUUGCUGAUACAAUCAAUUAUGAUUGUUCCACAUUUUGAAUCAUAAUAUUGCCAUUAAAUUCAGUUUAUAAACCGUCAAUUUGAUAUUUAUUCAUUUGUUCGUGUUCAUUUUUUUCUAGCUACAAUUAUUUUUUGUGUUAGCUAUAAUUCCUUUCCUAAAGAAAGGAAUGUAUUUUUAUAUUUUGUUUUGCACAGAUUUUCUUUACAAACGGAGGAAUGGAUUGGAUUUUGUUAAUUUCAUAAUACACAUUUUCCAGUAGUAUUUGGGAUUGUGUGCUAAUGGUUAUCCCUUCUAUGUUGAAUCCAAAAAUGUGUGCUUAUAAGAAAAAUAUAUUGUCUGUUUUCAUCAAACUUAAUUGUUUUGGAUUGUUUUUUCUUUCAUUAAAGAUGUGUCUUUAUUUUUUUCACCCGUUACUCCUCAGUAUAUAUUCCUUCAAAAGAAGAAAAAUCAAUUUUAGUGAUAAUUUUCAACCUUUCUUUUUUUCUGCUUUAUUGUGAAACAAAAUGACAUAACGAUGGGCUCGUAUGGGGGGGUCGAAAUUUGUUAUGAAAUAUAUCAAGCAUACACAUCUCUUUAAUGGGGGGAUUUCAGUAUUAAUAUGUAUUAACAUAAAGUGUAAGUAUUCACUUCGAGUAUAGCCAGUAUUUAAAGAAACAACAUAUUUUUAAUACAAUUAUCUUGGUCAUUUUGAUGUUACCAACUGAUUUUGACAUUGAAUGGUUUUCAUGCUUAUAGUUCUGCUAAUUUUUUGGGGGGCCACGAUACACAAAAUUCUGAUUUUUUUUAUGGACACCUGUGAUUUAAAAGUGCACUUCCAAUUUGCUACUUAAUUAAGAUGUAGAAUUUGUGAGAGAUAUAUAAUUAAUGAAUUAAUACUCUGCAUGGCAAUGUAUAUAAAGUUAUGCAGUAUUUUACAAUAAUAGAGAAAUCUGGUCACAAUUUACAAAGAUUCAAUGUCUAUUUUGGCUUUGUAAAUGGUCAAAAGCUUGUAAAUUUGUGAUGAAUUAAUGUGAGAGUAUUUAUUUAUCCCUCUUUUUUCAACGAACUGAAUUAGUAUUUGAAAACUCAACAUUGAGGUGCCAAAAAUUAACAUUUAUUUAAAUAAAAAUAAAUGGAAUGAGAAUAACAUACUUGGAAGUCAAUUCAGUAUUUUCUCCAACAAUUUUGAGGAAAGGUUUUUUAUGUUUAGAAAUAUAUGGCUGUUUAGAAAGUAUUCAUUGUAGAAGACGUUUGGAAGGAAGGUGUCUUCCCCUUUUCAUCCAGAUUUUAUUAAUGGAUGAUUAAUAUUUCAGAACAGAACAAGUUCAUUUAGAAGGUGAUUGGGUGUUUGAUAGCUUAUUAAUGUGUUUAAUAAAGAUGUCAUUUUGAUCGCAAAUGCCACAUCUUAAAUUGAUUUUUCUCUCUUCAAAAAUUAUCAAACUAUUGUUGAAUUUUCUCUGUAAAUAUAUGUUGAUUUCCUUCUUGUUAAGCUCGACACAAAUCAUGAAACAAAUUACUUUGUCUUUUAUAUUAUGAAGUCAUAUUUUGUACUAGACUUCGACGUUUGUGGUCAUGUAGAAAAGACUUUGUGGUAUGGUCAACUCGUCACAAUCACCUUUUAUGCACUAUUAUCCAUCUUGAUUUUCAAAUCAUUGGAAAAUAAGAGGGAUGAAUGAUGAAAAAAUUACCUGAUAAUAGCUGAUUCAUGAGCAUCUGUUUAUUACAUAGUUUUGAUUAAAUCAUGAAUUGACUGUAAAUGAGGCUAUGCCUUGUAUAUGUUAUUUUGCAACCAUGUUCAUUUUUUUUUAUAAUACCAAGAUUUCCCUUAUAUGUGAGUAUGAUUGAUUAUGUAUUUCGGCGUUGGAUCUAGUUUUCACUGUAUUUUAUCUUCACUAUCGCUUGAAUUCCCAUUGUAUCAAGUUACUGUGGUCGUACAUGAUUAUAAUAUUAAAUUAAUCAUUAUGCAAUACAA